GGUCAGCAGCUCUCUUGAAUGAAGCGCCGCAGAAACUUGCAGCAGCAGCAGCCAGGCAGCCAGGCAGCAGGAGGAAAGCUGUGUGAGCCGCUGCAGGGAAGGAGACCGAAAGCAACAGCAACACGACACCACCAGGCUGGCUGCGGUGGUGGUUGUGGUCGGGCACCGGUUAUCUGUCGACCAGAAGCGGCUGGCUCUCUCCAGGAGCUCGGUAGUCGGAGUGUGAAUGAGGUUGAUGCUGCUCUGCUGCACCUGGAAGGACGAACGCAUGGGAGAGGAGGAAGCUGGAGGAAGUUUGCCCGUCUGUGCGGGAUGCAAACAGAGGAUCUAUGAUGAGCAGUACCUCCAGGCCCUCAACAAUGACUGGCACACCGUCUGCUUCAGGUGUUGUGAGUGCAGCGCCUCGCUGUCCCACUGGUAUUAUGAAAAAGAUGGACGGCUCUUCUGCAAGAAGGACUACUGGGCCAAAUUCGGGGAGCUGUGCCAUGGCUGCAACGACCCGAUCACCACCGGCCUCAUCAUGGUCGCAGGGGAACAGAAAUAUCACCCAGAAUGCUUCACCUGUCUGAACUGCAGGGCGUUUAUCGGCGAUGGAGACACAUACGCUCUGGUGGAGAGAUCCAAACUCUACUGCGGUCACUGUUACUACCAGACCAUCGUCACGCCGGUGUCGCUUCCAGACACGCCAUGCUCACGGAUCCCUCACACGGUCACGCUCGUGUCCAUCCCGGCCACCGCCGAGGGCAACAACGGACGCAGAGGGCGAGGUUUCUCUGUGGCCAUCGACCAGCCACUCAGCCCGACCAACGGCUACAGCCCUGAACAUGGACCCACUGUCAGAGUCUCCCAGGUGGAACCAGACUGCAUCAGUCCAGAUGUGAAAAACUCCAUUCAUGUUGGAGAUAGGAUCCUUGAAAUCAACGGGACACCCAUUCACAACGUCCCUCUGGAUGAGAUCGACCUGCUGAUCCAGGAGACAAGCCGACUGCUGCAGCUCACCAUCGAACACGACCCUCACAGCCAGAGUCAGGAGGGAGGCUCCUCGGAGGCCGAAGAGCAAGUGGAUGGCCCCCUGUCUACGCCUCUGUCAGAGGGCCCCAGCCCCAUCCUGCCCAUCACACAGCCCCCCAACCCCGACAUCAACAGCCUCAGAUCCCGCAUCAUCACGAGGAGCUACAGCAUUGAUAAGUCACCAGGCUCCAGCAACGCGGCGUCCCCCAUCUCCCAGAGGAAGGACAUCAAUCGAUCAGAGUCGCUCCGCGUGGUGUCCAAUCAGACGCACCGCAUCUUCCGCCCGUCUGACCUCAUCCAUGGAGAGGUGCUGGGGAAGGGCUGCUUCGGACAGGCCAUCAAGGUGACACACAAGGAGACGGGGGAGGUGAUGGUGAUGAAGGAGUUGAUUCGCUUUGAUGACGAGACACAGAGAACAUUCCUUAAAGAGGUGAAGGUCAUGCGCUGCCUGGAUCACCCUAACGUGCUCAAGUUCAUCGGAGUCCUCUACAAGGACAAGAGACUCAACUUCAUCGCAGAGUACAUAAAGGGAGGCACCUUGAGGGAAAUCAUCAAGAAAAUGGACAGCAACUAUCCCUGGAACCAGCGGGUCAGUUUUGGCAAGGACAUAGCUGCUGGGAUGACAUAUCUGCAUUCCAUGAACAUAAUCCACCGAGACCUGAACUCACACAACUGUCUAGUACGAGAGAACAACACAGUGGUGGUGGCAGACUUCGGGCUGGCUCGGCUCAUGGUGGAUGACAAGCACGAGGAGAAAUUCGCGCAGGGUAAACUGCCUGGCCUAAAGAAGCCAGACCGUAGAAAGAGGUACACCGUGGUGGGAAACCCCUACUGGAUGGCUCCUGAGAUGAUCCAUGGGAAGAGCUACGAUGAGAGAGUAGACAUCUUUUCCUUUGGCAUCAUGCUCUGCGAGAUAAUUGGCAGGGUGAACGCAGACCCAGACUACCUCCCCAGGGCGAUGGACUUCGGACUGAACGUGUCUGGCUUCCUGGAGCACUUCUGUCCCCCGAAUUGUCCCCCCGCUUUCUUCCCCAUGGCUGCUGUGUGCUGUGACCUUGAUGCAGACAAACGGCCGGCUUUCACCAAACUGGAGGAGUGGCUGGAGAACCUGAAGAUGCACUUGGAAAUCGGUCUACCCCUGGUGUCUGAAGUGGACCAGAUGCACAAGGCCUUCUGGAAGAACCACAACAUCCCGCGCCCUGAAAACGGCCUGCACACCCACCCCGAACAGCCGGAGUAGGGCUCAACACGACCGGAGGAGUGGGAAGUUGAUGUAAAACCCCACGCGGGCGGCAAUCGUCUGCCUCGCGGGGAGCAGUAGCUGGAGGAGUCGUGUAAAUACUCCUCCGUGUUUGAAGCUGCGAGUGUAGGCUGGCUCAGGCUUAAUGAGUAGACUCAGGGGGAAAACGUGGAUCUGAAAAGCCACCUGUGCGAGACGCACACACACACUCAUUCAAAGUCAAAUCAAGAGACAUUAACUACGAUAGCUUGAUUCUACUGCACCCGAAGCUUAAGUGGAACAUGUCGUAUGCAAUCAGACCCAACUUUCAAAUCAUGACUUGACUCUUGAAUCAUGUAGAUCUAACACUAGUCGUCAUACCAUUCAAGCAUACUUACUGUAGUGUCUAUACUCAUGUGGACAAAGUAGUCCAGAAAACAAGGCAUAAGGCAAACCUUCAGCCUCCUCACUUUGGGCCUCUACAGAGUACAUUGUGCAGUAUGUGUUUCCGUGUGAGUUUGGUUUGAUUUUGCUUUUGGUUUAGAUAUCAAAACUAAACUUGUGAAAGAUGCAAAAGGAGAGGGGCCCGCCUGUCGCUUAAGACACAAAGGUUGAGAUCAACUCUUUGUCCACUUGUACGAGUCAAACAAAACCUUUUAAGCUUUAAAUAGUUCACUGAAGAGUGCAUGAGUGUAAAUAAUGCUGUCAGGUCAUAUCCUGCUCCAUCGUGUCCUUCUGACCUCGAGACCUACAUGUGUCUGUGGCCCCUCUUCCUCAUCUUUUGAGUAGCACUGUCUAAACAUUGAGGUACACAUGUUUUGCAUAAAAUUUGGUACGUUGUCUCCCAAUUUUAAGAGCUGUUAUCUCAUUCACAUUGACGAAGCAUCUUAUACAUUUAAACACACACCAGUGUACAUAGCUGGCGACAUUGUAAAUGUUUUAAAUAUUGUAAAUGUACAGACAUAUUUUAUAUACGUAUGCUACAUCGCCAUAUUUUUAUUGGCCGACCAGUUGAAAUUAAGGAGAGUUCAAGUUUGACUGCAGUCAAUAGGACACAGCUGAAAGCUUUAUUGAUUUUUUUUUUCUACAUUUUCACCACUGUGGCAGGUUAGGGGCUUUUAGCAUUUGAGAUAAGAGGAAUCUUAUCACCAC